CUUCUAACAACAUGCUGAUAGGAUUAGUAUUGGGCUAGCUCAAUUAGAGAAUUAUACUAUAAAUAGAAAUAUGAUGUAAUAAUGUGGGAUAUGCAUGAUAUAAUUAGAAAUUCUAUUUUCUCUAUUUGGCCUUAAUUCUAGGGAUUUAUCUCCUAUUCUCUCUGAUUAUCUCUAAUUCUCUAUAUUCUUGAUGCAAAUUCGUAUCAAAUGGUGCUUUCAUUGAACAAAUCUCCUAUGUUUGAUGGCAUUGGAGAUGGUUACCAGUACUUUUGAAGAGCAAAGAUUUGGGAUUCACUCAUCUAGUUUCUGAUGUUUGCAGUGGCUAUUGGUGUAAUGAUACUGUUUUGUGCAUUUCGUAAUGUAGGCCAUUUUGGUCCAUGGAUUUCAGUUCCUUGACAUAUGGCUUCCUCAUUCAGCUUGAAACAGCAGUGAUUGCCAAAUGCCUAAACUGUUUAAUACACUAAUAGCAGGUGCAAGCAUUUGAAAUUGAAUUAAAAGGGGUCGUUAGUCUCGAAGACUGGAGGGGGGCUUAAGUGAUUCCCAGAUCUGGAAACUUAUUCUCUUUUGAAUUCUGGUCGCUUAGGAAAAAAAUUAAUUUGCAUAUAUACAAUUACUUGAGAAAGAAAAGUUCACAAAGCCACUGUUACAGCCACAAAAUUAUCAUUUGAAAGAGUCCCUCUUAAUCAUGUCAAUCGAUAAGUCAUGGAUUGGAAAAUCAUGAAACAUGCACGAGUAUAAAGAUGGUCUAAACAAGUUUUUGGAUUUCACUUUUGAGCAUCGAUCUCUUGGGGGUCGUCAGAUUAAAUGCCCUUGUUCGGUGUGUGGUUUUGGCAAGUGGCAAACAAGAGAGAAAGUUUUUGAACAUUUAAUAGUCAAGCCAUUUCCAGAAAACUACAAAGUUUGGUAUUGGCAUGGUGAAGAAGCAGUUGGAGUUGGGUCACAAGCUCAUCAAACUAGUCAAAUUGUACAAGAUGAUUCGACAUCUCAACAUCCAAUGGUAACAAAGCUCAAUGACGUAUUUGGAGUUGCUGGACCUGACUUGAAUGAAGAUGGAGAUGGAGAUGAAGACAACAUAGAAGAUGCAGAAAAUGAAGAGCACAAUGGAGAAAAUGUAGAAUUUUACAAGUUGUUGGAAGACGAUAAUGAGCAAUUGUAUGAAGGUUGCACAAAGUAUUCAAAACUGUCUUUCUUGAUUAGUUUGUAUCACAUAAAGUGCUUAUACAGAAUAAGCGACAAACCCAUGAUCGAAAUCCUCAAGUUAAUAAAACAUGCUUUUGGAAAUGCGAAGAUUUCAAAUACAUUCUAUGAGGCCAAGAAAAUCAUAAACAAACUAGGGCUUAAUUAUACCAAGAUACCUGCUUGCCCUAAUGACUGCAUGUUAUAUUGGGGGGAGGAAGAAGAUUUGCAAGAAUGCAAAAGAUGCAAGACAUCUAAAUGGAGCGAUGCCAAAAAGCAGAAACCGGCAAAGAUCUUGCGAUACUUUCCACUAAAACAAAGACUUCAACGAUUAUUCAUGUGUUCUAAAACUGCACAAUCAAUGCGAUGGCAUGCUUCGGCAGAAAAGAAAGAUUCGAAGAGGAGGCAUCCGCGGGAUUCUGAAGCUUGGAAGACAUUCGAUUUACUUCAUGAUAAGUUUGCCGAAGAUCCUCGAAAUGUACGUCUUGGUCUUGCAGCUGAUGGAUUCAACUCUUUUGGAGCUUUACGUACAAACUAUAGCAUUUGGCCAGUGGUGCUUAUUCCUUACAACCGACCUCCACGAGAGUGCAUGAAGCCAACAUCACUUUUCUUGUCAAUGAUUAUUCCCGGAGAGAAAAUACCGGGAAACAACAUAGACGUAUACUUACAACCUCUUAUCAAGGAGUUAAAAGAGUUGUGGCAUGAUGGUGUUCAAACAUUAGAUAGGUUCAAGAAUGAAAUGUUUACAUUAUGAGUAGCAUUAAUGUGGACAAUUAGUGAUUUUCCAGGCCUUGGUAACUUAUUUGGGUGGAACGUACACAGUAAAUAUGCUUGUCCCACAUGUAACUUCAACGCUGAUUCAUAUACAUUAAAGCAUGGUGGAAAAUGGUAUUUUUUG